AUGAAGCGCUUGAUGAGCACGAUCAAGAAGAAGAGCGGCAGUCCAACCCCAAAUGGCGGCCGAGAAGGUGCUCAGGCAUCGCCUGUUAUGCGACCACCCCAGGGAGAUGCGCCGGAGGCAGUCGUUGUCCGCGAGAUGGUCGCCUUCUGCGAGUCCGGAGCGCCUGGCUCACAAUCUGCCGGAGACGAAUAUCUACACCUUCCGGCAAUCGUGGAUGCGGCCGAGUCAAGUCCAACCGCAGCCCAAGAAGCCGCCAACACGAUCGCUCGAUAUCUGCACAAAGACAAUUACGCCAAAGGAUAUGCGCAAUACAACGCCAUCAUGCUCAUGCGAAUACUGACCGAUAACCCCGGCCAGCCGUUCACCAAAUUCUUCACCGACUCCUUCGUAUCCACCAUCAAACGCCUGCUCCGAGACGGGCGAGAUCCCAAUGUACAGCAGAUAGUCAGAGAAACGCUUGACUACUUCGAGGCCGAGAAGGCUCAACAACAGCAAGGUCUCCAUGUUCUCAUGGCAAUGUGGCGAAAAGAGAAGAGCAAAGGCGCCAGAUUUCCUACCCAGCCUGUGUAUCCCAAUGGCAUGCCUAUGGCUCAGGGUCAACAUGGCGGACACGGCGGUCACCGAACACACCGGUCGAGCAGACAUCAGCUGCCGCCACCCGCCGAACUUGCUGCUAGAAUCGAAGAAGCCAAGACUACUGCUCGUCUGCUCAUUCAGACGGUCCAGUCCACCCCUCAAGCAGAGCUGCCAGCCAACGAGUUGGUGAAAGAGUUCGCCGAGCGAGCCAGAUCAGCACACAAGAGCAUACAGAACUACAUGGGCUGCGAGAACCCCGCACCAGACGAGGACACCAUGCUCACCCUCAUUGAGACGAACGACCAGCUCAAUGUAGCCAUGUCAAAGCAUCAGAGAGCACUGCUUCAAGCACGCAAAGCCGCUGGCCUAGCCAGCCCCACUCCUCCCGGCCAGGCUCCAGAAGCAAACAACUACAUGCAAGCGCAUACACCAGGCCAAAACGUCUACCAGAACGUCUACAACCAGCCGCCACAGCAGCCUCCUCGGCAAGCUGUGUCACCCAUCAGCAACCCGGAGACUUUCACACCACCAUCUGGACCCCGUCCGCAACAGACACCGGGCAACGCGUUCACCGCGCCGCCUGGCCCACCUCCAUCUCAAGCUCGUGGUUCCGCGCCCCAGCAAAACACCUACGAGUACGAAGACGCCUACGCUCCUGCACCGCACAUCCCCGCGAUGCAGCCCACUGGACCAACACACAACCACACUCGUUCCGGCGAUUAUGGCGUUUCAGAGAAUCCGUUCAGCGACGCGCAUGCGAACGAAGACGACGGACCGCAGCCACCGCCAAAACAACAGAACUCGAGCGCAUUGUUCGGCCGAGGACAGCCCGUGACGACGCAGAGUUACUUGCAGCGGCAAGAGAGCAGUGCAAAUAAUAUCACAAUGCAUGGUGGGAGUCCACCCCCGGGCGAUAGAUGA